CUUCCCUGUGAAGAUGGCGCUCUCCAGGGUGUGCUGGGCUCGGGCUGCUCUGUGGGGUUCGGCGGUCACCCCCGGACCUCAUGUCACCCGGAAGCUGCAACUUGUUCGCUGUGGCCUGGCCUGGGGGGCCCCUCGGUCUUCAAAGCUUCACCUUUCACCAAAGGCAGAUGUGAAGAGCUUGAUCUCUUAUGUGGUGGCCAAGACAAAAGUGAUUAAUGGGAAAUACCAUCGUUUCUUGGGUCGUCAUUUUCCCCGCUUCUAUGUCAUGUACACAAUCUUCAUGAAAGGAUUGCAGAUGUUAUGGGCUGAUGCCAAAAAGGCUAGAAGAAUAAAGACAAAUAUGUGGAAGCAUAACAUAGAGUUUCAUCAACUUCCAUACCGGGAGAUGGAGCAUUUGAGACAGUUCCGUCGAGACGUCACCAAGUGUCUUUUCCUGGGUAUUAUUUCCAUUCCACCCUUUGCCAACUACCUGGUCUUCUUGCUCAUGUACCUGUUUCCUAGGCAGCUCCUCAUCCAACAUUUCUGGACCCCAAAGCAACAGAUUGAUUUCUUAGAUAUCUAUCAUGCUCUCCGGAAGCGGUCCCACCCAGAAAUCCUUUGUUAUUUAGAAAAGGUUAUCCCUCUUAUUUCUGACGCAGGACUCCGGAGGCAUAUGACAGAGCUGUGCACCAAGAUACAGCAUGGUACCCACCCAGCAGUACAUGACAUCCUGGCUCUGAGAGAGUGUUUCUCUAACCAUCCUCUGGGCAUGAAGCAACUCCGUGCUUUGCAAAUGAAAGCCCUGAGUAGAGCCAUGCUUCUCACGCCUUACCUGCCUUCUUUCUUGUUGAGACACCGUUUAAAGACUCAUACCAUCGUAAUUCACCAGCUGGACAGAGCUUUGGCAAAGCUGGGGAUUGGCCAGCUGACUCCCCAGGAGGUGAAAUCGGCUUGCUAUCUUCGUGGCCUGAAUUCUACCCAUAUUGCUGAAGAGAGGUGUCGAGCUUGGCUGGGAGAGUGGCUACAGAUUUCCUGCAGCCUGAAAGCCAUCCCUCGAACAGCCACAUGGGAAGGACAUGCGGUCCACCUGAGGAGAGGACAAGAAGGUUGAGGGAAGUUGAGACCACCAGACUUAACGAUGGAGAGUGGAGACAUGAGCUGGCAGCAAACAGGCAGCUGGGAUUUGAGGUCUUAAAAAAGGAACCGCCAGGAACAAAUGUAACGCACAGCGUGACCUAACAGAGCACUACGUGGUAGCUGUCAGGUAGUUUCAGUUCCAGCACAGCCAUGAAGUAGCAGUGUGCCCUCAGGAAGUUCCUUUAUCUCAGGGGCACCUGGUCACUUAAGCAUCCGACUCUUGGGUUUGGGCU